AUGGCCCCCACGAUUUUAUGUGUUGGUAUGGCCGGCUCAGGCAAGACCACGUUUCUUCAGCGCCUGAACUCGGACUUGCAUGCUGCCAAGAAGCCCCCGUAUGUUAUAAAUUUGGACCCCGCCGUCCACGAUGUGCCUUACGGUGCCAACAUCGACAUUCGAGACACCAUCAACUAUCAUAAAGUUAUGGAUGACUAUGGAUUAGGGCCGAACGGGGCCAUCACUACAUCGUUAAACCUGUUUGCUACCAAGAUCGAUCAGGUUCUCAACAUUGUUGAGAAGCGCAGUGACCAGUACAGCAAUAUUCUAGUGGAUACUCCUGGUCAGAUCGAGGUGUUCAUGUGGAGCGCCUCUGGGCAAAUUAUUACAGAUGCUUUUGCUUCUGCAGGCCCUACUAUGAUUGCAUACAUUAUUGACACGCCUCGCUGCACAUCGCCUGCCACUUUCAUGUCCAAUAUGCUCUAUGCCUGCUCUAUUCUCUACAAGACCAAACUGCCGAUGAUCAUUGUGUUCAACAAAGGGGACGUUAUCGAACCCACUUUUGCAAUCGAAUGGAUGAAUGAUUUCGAAGCUUUUCAAAAGACAUUAUAUGCCGAUCACGAAGAUUCCAGCUACAUGACGUCUUUGAUGAACUCCCUGGCGCUUAUGCUCGACGAGUUUUACAAUACCCUUGACGUUUGCAGCGUCAGUGCAGUUGCUGGCACCGGCUUUGACGAGUUUUUCAAAGUCGUCGACAAGAAGGUUGAGGAGUUCAAUGUGGAUUAUAAGGCGGAGCGUGAGCGAGUCAAGAAGGUCAAAGAAGAGCGAGAAGCGAAGCGCAAGGCGGACGAUCUGGAGCGGUUGCUCAAAGAUGUUGGUGUUGAACAGAAGGACCCGAUGGACGUUCUUUCGGAUCUUGAGGAUGACGAGGAAGAGCUCCAAGAGCCCGAUGAUGAAGACAAUUUGCAGAACCGUUACCAGCAGGCACUCAAGGACAGCCAGGGCGAACGGGCAGCAAUUGAGAAGAUCUUAAAAAACCAGGACCUUGAACAAUAA